UCUUCACCUUUUCUCCCCCAAAUUGAAAAUUCAAUUCCAUUUUAGGCAUUUCCUCUCGUUUCUAGGGUUUCAUUUUCCAUUUUUCAACUUCCAAAAUCAUAUCAACCAAAAUUCCCCUCCGAUUUCAAGCUCCAAUGUCAGCGUCUACAGUUUCCAUCACCGGGAAUCAAGGGCCCACCACUCGCCGCCGAGCCGUCGAGAAGAAUCCCCAAGACGGCGGUUCAGAUUUCGCCGCCGCCGCCGUCACGGAGUCCGAAAAUAAACACGGCAGACUCAGCGCCAGCGAAGCGGCCGCCGCAAUUUUGAGGGAUGCGAGGAAAAACCCCCCGGCGCCGCCGACGAUCCAGUCGAAAAAGUCCGGAUCGUCCAGAAAAUCAACGAAGCCACGUUGGCUGACCGUGGUCAGCAUCAUCACCAAGAAUCUAGCGUUGGCGGUGGUUUUAUUGGGGUUUGUGCAGAUGAUUCGAUGGAUGGUUAUGAACUCAGGCCACGACGUUGACAAUCUCUCUGUAAUUUCUGGGGAUUUCGACGGGAAGUUUUCGGAAGUGGAGAAGUUCGUCAAAACCACGGUGAAGGCAAUGCAGGUUCAGGUGAACGCAAUGGACCAGAAACUCGGGGAUGAGAUUAGUUCCGUGAGGAAGGAGUUCGACGAGAAAAUCGAAACAAAGGGGAAGGAAACCGACUUGAAGUUGAAGGCUUUGGACGUAAGGAGCGAUGCAUUCGAGAAGUUCAUGGAUGGGCUUUCGAGCAAGAGUCUGCUUUCCAAGGAAGAGUUUGCGGAAUUCUAUGAAGAAUUCAAGAAGGCUGGUAAAAGUGACGGUGGCGAGGUUAGUUUAGAUGAGAUAAGGGAUUUUGCAAGGCAGAUUGUCGAAAAGGAAAUCGAGAGGCACAGUGCCGAUGGAUUGGGGAUGGCGGAUUAUGCGCUGGUAUCGAGUGGGGCGAGGGUGGUGAGGCAUUCGGAGCCACAUGAUGGUACGAGUGUGAGUGGAAGUUGGCUCAGAAAUCGAAACAAGAUUAGUUUCGCAGCGGAGAAGAUGAUAAUGCCAAGCUUUGGGGAGCCAGGGCAAUGCUUUCCUCUUAAAGGGAGAAGUGGGUUUGUUGUGAUCAAGCUCAGGACUGCCAUUGUGCCGGAAGCUGUGACUCUCGAACAUGUUGCUAAGAGCGUGGCGUAUGAUAGGUCAAGUGCUCCAAAACACUGCAUAGUAUCUGGAUGGAUGCAAGGACCAGAUUCAGUCGAUUUGGAAAUCGGUAUGAACAAGAUGAAGCUCUUAACCGAGUUUACGUACGACCUUGACAAGACUAACGCACAGACGUUUAAAGUGGACCCGUCGGCUCAAAGCCUCGUCGACACUAUUAGGUUUGAUGUUACAUCAAACCACGGCAGUCCUUCUCACAUAUGCAUCUACCGCCUGAGGGUACAUGGUCACGAACCAAAGCUCGAAAUUCAAUCUUGAUGUCGUUUUUUUCUUCUUCUUUAGCUUGAUUUUAUUUUAUUUGUAGUUCGUUUUGUAUUCCUCUAGGACAUAUUGUUUCUUUAUCUGUUGUCAACUUUGUAAUGGCUGAUGCAAACUACUAUUGCCUCUGAUUUGUGAUUUGUAUUCGAGAGGUUGAUGUAAAAAUGUUUAUUCGAAUAUUCCGAAAAAAAAUGUUGUGAGUUUGAAGUAAAUUGAAUAUUGGUUGUAUUGUGCUAUA